AUGACGAGUGAGCUUGAUCAAACCGGAAAGAUGAAUGUCGCCGAGUUCGCUGAUGCUCAGAGGAGUCACUACACAGUAUAUCCUAGUUUGCCGAAGAGUGAUAAGGGUGAAAAACACAUUCCAUUUGUUAAACUUUUAUCAGGCAAAGAAUCGGAAAUAAACGUAGAAAAAAGAUGGGAGCUGUACCACCAGUUACAUUCACAUUUCCAUGACCAAGUUGAUCAUAUUAUUGACAACAUUGAAACGGAUUUGAAGGCAGAAAUUUCAGACCUCUUAUACAAUGAAAAUGCUCAGAAGAAACGAUGCUUCAACACUAUUUUUCUAUUAGGUUCAGAUAGCUCAACGAAAAUUGAACUACCCAAGGACACAUCUUCUCAGUACAACGCAUUGAUUGAAUUGACUCCAAAAGAAUCUCCAAAUGUGAGGAUGAUGCUCCGCAGGUCUAUGUAUAAGCUUUACAGCGCUGCUGAUGUCGAGCAACAUCCCACCACCAAAUAUGAAGAUACUAAUGAUGAAGAUGGAGAUUUUGUGGAGCAAAACAAUGAUGUCUCCUACGACCUGUCCCUUGUUGAAAAUUUUAAGAGGCUUUUUGGGAAAAACUUGACCAUAGUGUUUAAUUUCAAGGAUGUAGAUUCCAUCAACUUCAACACUUUGGACAAUUUUAUAAUUCUACUGAAGAGUGCCUUCAAAUAUGACCACGUUAAGAUAAAUUUAAUCUUCAAUAUCAACACAAAUUUAUCAAAUAUUGAGAAAAAUUUAAGGCAAUCAACCAUACGACUUUUGAAAAGAAAUUAUCAUAAACUUGAUGUGUCAAGUAAUAAAGGAUUCAAAUACGGGAACCAAAUCUUUCAAAGUUUUUUGGACACCGUUGACGGCAAAUUGAAUCUUUCCGACCGCUUUGUAGAAUUCAUUCUUGACAAGAUGGCAAAUAACACCAAUCACAAUCUGCAAUUGCUAACCAAGAUGUUAGACUAUUCACUAAUGUCUUACUUCUUCCAAAAUGCCUUUUCAGUGUUCAUUGACCCCGUAAAUGUUGAUUUUUUGAAUGAUGAUUACUUAAAAUUACUAAGCAAAUGCCCCACGUUCAUGUUUUUUGUCGAAGGUCUUAUAAAACAGCAUGCCCCUGCUGAAGAUAUCAUUUCCUUAUUGACCAACAGAAACAGGGGACUAGAAGAAUUUUUCGUCGAGUUUUUGGUAAGGGAGAAUCCGAUUAACGGGCAUGCCAAAUUUGUCGCUCAAUUUCUCGAAGAUGAGCUGCAUAUAUCCGAUUUCAAUUUGAUAGAAUUGUAUCAUAAUUUGUUAAUAGGCAAACUAGAUACCUAUCUUGAUCAUUGGCCCGCAUGCAGAAAGUAUAAGGAUCGGCUUCAUUUUGAACCCAUUGAUACAAUAUUUCAAGAACUAUUCACUUUGGACAAUAAGAGUGGAUUACUGACUCAAUCAAUUUUCCCCUCCUACAAAUCAAAUCUUGAAGAUAACUUACUGAGUUGGGAGCAAGUUUUGCCUUCGCUUGAUAAAAACGCGGACGACCCUGUUUCUAAAAGUCUGGAUGAAGUUAUGGCCCCGGUAGUGGGUCAACUAUUCAAGCUUUAUCGCGAGGCAAAUAUGACUAUUAACAUUUACGAUUUCUACACCGCGUUCAAAGAGACUUUGCCAAAAAAAGAAAUAUUGGACUUUAUAAAAGACUCUUCCAACGCCAAGCUUUUAGAAUUAGCAGAAUCUCCGGAUGCUUUCGACAAAGUCGCACUGAUUCUAUUCAUGCAAGCAAUAUUUGCCUUUGAAAAUAUGGGGCUCAUAAAAUUUCAAAGCACAAAAAAUUACGAUCUUGUGGAAAAAUGUGUCUGGAAAGGGAUUUAA